AUGCCGGAACACAUGCCACCAUGGCCGCGGUUAGCGUUUUUGGCCCCUGGCUCUUCGUUCGGCCACACGAAAAACGUUCGAGAUUGUUUAACAUGUUUCAAAGCCAGGUUGAUCCAGUCAGAGGCGUUAAUGGACUCCUUACCUAUCAAUCGUGUUACCGUUUCAAGGCCGUUCUCACAUUGUGGCGUAGAUUACGCCGGUCCAAUAAUUCUAAGAGAGGACAAGCGGCGUAAUCACAAAGCCGGCAUACAGCAUUUUCUUCGCGAGCACGAAACAACCUGGUGCUUCAUUCCGCCCAACGCGCCUCAUUUUAACGGUUUAUGGGAAGUCGCUGUAAAGUCAGCAAAAUAUCACAUGGCCCGAAUAAUAGGCAAGGCCCAUUUAACCUUUGAAGAGAUGUCAACAGUACUGUGCGAGGUGGAGGCGAUUUUAAACUCACGAUCACUCACGCAACUCAGAGCCGAUCCAAACGAUCUGGUGUACCUUAGUCCCGGCCACUUUUUGAUUAGUACUACGCUAAACGGUUUUUCUUGUCACGAUUUGCAUGAUGUUAACGAGAAUCGGCUAACGCGUUGGCAAAGAGUGGAGCAAAUACGACAACAUUUUUGGCGUAGAUGGAGUCUCGAAUACCUACACUCCUUGCAAGAGCGAACAAAAUGGAAGGUCAACAAAGGCGUGCAAUUAAAACCGGAGCAACUAGUGCUCAUAAAGCAGCAAGGGUUGCCUCCUUUGCAGUGGCUAUUAGGUCGAAUACAGGAAGUCCACACCGGUGCCGAUUGCGUCGCGCGAGCCGCCACCGUUCGAACAGCGAAAGGCUCAUUCAUGAAACCUCUGUCUAAACUCGCGAUUUUGCCAAUAGACUUAAGUAUAAAGUAA